AGUACAAGAGCUAUGCCCAUGUGUGCCCCAUAUGUCUGGGUACCACAUGUGUGCAUGUGUCUGCAUGUGUUUCUUCAUACAAGACGUGCUCACGUGUCCUGGAUACCUGAUUUCCAUGCAUGUGCAUGUGUCUUCGUGUAUUUCUCCAGCAGACGAGGUGUGAACACGUGUGCCCUGUGUGUCUGCAUCUGUUCCUCCAGCUGGGGGAAGCCAGUCUCGGGCUGCUGGCAGGGAACAGGCCCCAUCGCCUUGAGUACGCCUUGGCAAGGCCCUUUCAGAGCUGGGGGGCAUGGGCCGGGCCGGCCUUCCCGACUGCCAGGGGGUGGAUGAAACCCCAGGCGCAAACAUUGCGACAGAGCAGAGCAAAGGGCUGGGGGGCAGGAUGGCACGUACCCAACCUGCCUGCUCAUCACUCCGAGCUCUUCAGCAAAUAACCUUUUGGACUCCUGCUCUCCCUUGCCGGCCUAUUGCAGCCCAGUGGGGCCUUGGCUUUGUGCCUUUGUGCCCAGCUCAGUGCCUGGGGCCUGUUGGUCUUCCCGGGAGUGCGGGGUGCUGUGCAGGGUGGUUCUGCUACAGCCCAGCUGCCGCAGCACAGCCAAGGGCAGAGAGGAGGAGCACAGGGGAGUGGGCGGCUUGGGGUGCACAGGCGUGAACGGUAGAGAGAUGGGCAGGCAGACCCAGGGUGCGAGGACGAGAUGGCCAGUCACGUAGGGAAAUGGCCUUCCCGCCCACGGCACUGCGUGCCCCCAGAGGCCAUGGCCGCGCCCCUCCCAGCCCCAAUAAAUAUUGCGGGCAGCUGGUGCCAGGCAGAGGGCUUGCGCUGUGGGCAAGUUGUGCUGAGCUGGACGCAGGAUCCUGCCUCGGAUCCCUGCCUCGCUUGCCACCACCACCAUGGGCCCCCACGUCCUUGCCGGGGUCUGCCUGCUGCUCCUGGCCAUGGCCUGGGUGCCUGGCUUGGAGGGCAGCCCUGUGAAGGAGGAGCAGAUGCAGGGGGAUGAUUGGAGUGUCUCGGGCAUCCUCCGCAGUGUCCUUGUUCAGCCACUGCAGAAGUUCGCCGGUGACGUCACCUCCGCCAUCACUUCCACCGAGAGCUGGAAGAAGCUCAAGACACCUGGCCGUGGCUUCGUCACCCCUGCUGUGGGGCUCGUCAAGGAGCUGUACAAUGAGUACCUGGCCUGGGUCUGGCCCCGGCUGUGGGAGUGGACUGAGGAGCAACUGGGCCAGGGCAAGGGCGCUGGACAAGCCUAAACCCUCCCCCCCACCAAUAAAGGCGUUUGCAGCCGCAUGGGGGGUGGCCUCUUCCUGGGUGCCGAGAGGGGAUCAUGUCCCCAUCCUGCUGUCUGUGCCUCUUGCUCCAGGCUCUGGGCAUAGACUGGAAGGGCACUCGGUGGCAGCGUCUCCGGCCAGGAUGGAUCUGAAAGUCGUGGCUGUCUCCUUCCUGCUGCUGGUCCUCUGCUCGGACUCAGGCCCAUGAGCCCCAGGUCCUCGGCUGGGGUCCACAGCGUCGGGCCCCUUGACCUGAGCCACCCCCCGACCCUGCAGAGGCUGCCGGCUACCAGCUCUUGACCUGGGAGCAGGCAAACACCGCGGUCAAGGGGGUGCUGGACAAGGUCCACUCCACUGGCGUUGAGAA